AAAAGUUCGAAGGUCAUGUCAGAGACGUCCGUUCAAUCUGUUGGGAUAUGAGCGGGAAUUUCCUGGCAUCUGUGAGCGAGGAUAGUGCACGGAUAUGGUGUGUUAGCGGAGGAAAGUGUUUACAUGAACUUUGCUCCAGUGGCAAUAAGUUCCAGUCAUGCACUUUCCACCCUGACCGCGCUCAACUCUUGGCGAUUGGUUCUCAUGAGUUACUGGAGCUGUGGAAUCCAAUGUACCAGAGCCACAGAACUUGGCCACACCGAGCACAUGAUGAUAUAAUUUCUUCAUUUGCAGAUUCACCUCCGACAGGAACCAUAGCCUCACACUCACAAAUCACUAAAAAAAAUGGAGUUGAAGGAAUCGAGUAGAAGAGAAGAAGUAUCAUCGGCAAAAGCAGUACAGGUUGGAGCUUUGGCUCCUGGAAUCAACGGUCCUACAAGGAAUAUGCUAAAGAGUUGCAUUUUUAAUGCUGGGUUUGUGUCUUGCUGUUAUAUUGGACUUGGUUUUUUCGUCAAGUACUUUUCUUCUUCUUAGUAGACUUGAAGUUGUCAUUCUUAAUUACAUGGUUAAGAGAGGUUUCCAUCAGACUGGUGAGGUAUUCGCCAGAGAAAUUAAUGCUAAUCCAAAUCCUGUUGCUAUCAAUUCUCCUGAAGGAUAUCUGCAAGAGUGGUGGAAUAUAUUUUAUGAAGCAUUCAGCUCUAGGUUCCCUGAGGUUGCUCUAUUCGCGGCCGAAUCCUUUGAUAAGGUCGCACAGACAGUGGAGAACGUUGUGUCUAACAUCGGUCCUGUAAGUUCAACCUAUGCUCCUAAUCAUACAGGAGAAAACAUCUCUAUUGUGACGGCGUCCUCUCCUAUGAUGCCAUCCCCUCCUGUGAUGGCAUCCAGCGGUCCUGAUCUUAUGGACCCCUAUAUUUCAGAUUUGUUGUCAUCCAUUUGUCCCAACUUGUUGCCAAAUUUAUCUCCUCCAAUGGCAUCUAUUACUCCUGAAAUGAUGCCAACAGAGGGAGAUGUCCUUCAGAAUGCUUGUUCAAUCAUGCCAAGGACAGGGUAUAUUCAGCCCAGGUUCACACAGUUUUCUGUUGGACCAAAUAUUCGGAUGGUGCAAGGGCAACCAUCAUUAGAUCUGCUGCCCGGAAGAAUGCAAGAGCAAGCCCAACAUAUGACUCCUCCAAGAGACGUGACAUCAAUUUUAAAGUUUCUUGAGAUUAACAAAAUGGAUGGCAUGCUUCCAUCUGCAAGCAACUCUGGCUAUCCAAUGCAGCAAAUUCCAACGACUCCUCCACAGUGGGUGGGCAGAGAUGACAGGCGUGGUAUAAAUUUGGAAGGACCUAUGCAGAUUGAACCAAAUCUUUAUUUGCCUCCAUGGCCAGAACAUUCUGACGCGGGUUUGUUUGUUUCUUGGCUUAAAAUAUUAUGCAUGUAGUUUAUAGAAUCUUUU